AUGGCGUUUGAAGAUUGUGAUGAUUGGUGGUACUGGGCGUAUUCGUCUAUUCCUUACUAUGGUGAGGCUGUAACUGGAAAGACGUUUUCCUUUAAUGCUGUAAAGGAGCAAGUCAACCGAUGUUUCGGUAAAAAAGCUGCAAAAGUUUGUGUACAAACUGGCGUUGCAGCGAGAUUAGUGGGUGAAAGAACCAUCCACUCUACGUUUAAGCUUCCAGUGGAGAAGGAUGGAAAAGUUGGCUCAACUGUACCACCGCUCACUGGCAAUUACUUGCGAACAUUGCGUAGGGAAUCGGAAAAUAUUGAGUUCCUCUUCAUUGAUGAGAUAUCAAUGACGCCUUACCAAAUGUUGAGUAUGAUGGAGUCGCGUUGGAGACAGUUGAAUAAUAGUGAUGAGCUAUUUGAUAAUUUAAACGUUAUUGUCUGUGGAGAUUUGUCGCAAUUGCCCCCCAUUCCUCCAGGCACUCCAAUUUAUAAGCAGCCAGCUCGCUAUUUCCCUGCUGUUCAUUUGUGGAGGACAUUUAGCCUUGCAGAAUUGAUGGAAAAUAUGAGACAACAUCUUGAUCUUUUGCUAUCUAAGCAACUCACUGAGGCUACCGGUGUAUCGCAAGUGGAGGACCGUAAUAAUGCUGUGCUUAACGAGUAUAGCGCUGCUGGCACUCAAAUAUUUAAAAUCCUGGCUAAGGAUGUAUUGUUGUGUGCACAGAGAAAUGUUGACAAUGUCAAUAUUGAUAAGAUUGUACCCAAAGAUGACAACAAGAUAGGUGGAUUACUAAAGGAGUUGGAGAUAUUCGUCGGCGCAAGAGUAAUGUUACGAGCUAACAUUAAUGUUACUGUAUGUAUUGACUUCGAUCGAGAUGGAAUUCAUAUCAUUGAACCAAGGCAUCUUCAUUGA